AUGUCGCCGAAAGCUUUGGCUAUCAUUCUUGGCCUCGUCAGCUUUACUCAACCCGGUAUCUGGGAUGCUCUGAAUAGUCUGGGGGCUGGUGGUCAAGCCAAACCAUAUGUCGUGAAUGCUGCCAAUGCUAUUACCUUCGCCAUCAUGGUACUUUUCUCGCCUCUCACGGCCAUCGUCGGUAACAAGUACAGCCUCAAGUGGGUUCUCGUCUUCGGGACCCUUGGCUACGUACCAUAUUGUGCCGCUCUGUAUUGCAACUCGGUAUAUGGAACACAGUGGUUCAUGAUCUUUGGUGCUGCAACUUGUGGCUUUUCUGCUUCGGCACUGUGGACUGCAGAAGGUGCCAUUGCAGUUGGAUAUCCGGAAGCGAAUCGAUGUGGAACUUGUGUGGCCAUCUGGAUGUCCUUGAACAAAAUCGGUCGCCUCAUUGCCAGCUCGAUCCAGCUGGGCAUCAGCGUAAACCAGGAAGAUAGCAACAAGGCCGGAGCUAUCGAUCCUCAGGUUUAUCUCGUACUCAUCGGUCUGACUUGUGCUGGCCUGCCAUUAUCCCUCCUCAUUUCCCCGCCCGAGAAAGUCAUCCGCCGAGAUGGCACAAAGCCUGUCUUCACCUCACGGCAGACCACCUUGAAGCAAGGUUGUAGAGACUUCUGGGCAGUAUGUGAAACGAAGCAUAUUUACAUGCUGAUUCCCAUCUUCAUCACUGCUCAGUGGGGUCAGACAUACAACGGAAAUUACCUGGCUGCGUACUUCAGCGUCAGGGGUCGUACACUUGCCGGAUUCGUCGUCACCAUCGUCGCCAUCAUCGUCAAUCUUCUGAUGGGGUUUGCCAUGGACAGCGAAUUUGUUCGUCGGUCGAAUCGUGCGAGAUAUCUUUGGGGCAUCAUUGCCACAAUCUAUAUCAUCUCAUGGAUAUACCAAUUCAUCAACGAAGUCGACUUUUCAAAACACGAACCUGAGCUUGACUUUGUAGAUGGCGGAUAUGGACGAGGUGUCGGCGCGUACAUGGUAUACAGAAUUGCGUACGAGGCAUGCGGAACCUGGAUGUACUGGAUACUCGGAACAUACGACGCUGAAAUUGAUAAGCUGGCUUUGACGUCUGCUCUUCUUCGCAGUGGAGAAUCGUUUGGCUCGACCAUGUCAUAUGCGGUCGGCUCGACAUCUUCGGCGUCUUUGAUGACGAACUUGAUCGUGGCUUUUGUUGUGUGGAUUGCUGCAGUGCCUACAACUACGUGGAGCGCAUUACAAGUCAAGGAUGUCACACGCGCUUGGAGUGAACAGACGGGCUCUGAUUCCGAUCGUGCUGAUGGCCUGACGAAAGAUGGAGGCAGAAUCGUUGUCGCUCCAGAUAGCAUUCAAGCUUGA